AUGAGCAGCAAGUUCCUGGGCACCUGGAAGCUUGUGUCCAGUGAGCACUUUGAUGACUACAUGAGAGCUCUAGGUGUGGGGUUAGCCAACAGAAAACUGGGAAACUUGGCCAAGCCCAGUGUGGUCAUCAGCAAGAAGGGAGAUUAUAUCACCAUUAGAACUGAAAGUGCCUUUAAAAAUACAGAGAUCUCCUUCAAGUUGGGCCAGGAGUUUGACGAAACCACAGCUGACAACAGAAAAACCAAGAGCAUCGUGACUCUGGAGAGAGGCUCCCUGAAGCAAGUUCAGAAGUGGGAUGGCAAAGAGACAACCAUAAAGAGAAAGCUGCUGGAUGGGAAAAUGGUGGUGGAAUGUAAAAUGAAGGGUGUGGUCUGCACCAGAAUUUAUGAGAAGGUCUAAGAAAAAUCGUUGGAUCAUCCUAAUGGCAUUUGCUAAUCUAAGACUGGAAAUUAUCCAGCAAGUCCUGAGUUCACUGCAGCUGGUUUGUCUGGUUUCUUCUGUACUUGUCAUAAUAUGUUCUAUAGUAAAGGUUUAGAUG